AUUCUCUGGCCGCCGUUCAAGCCGUUUGAGAAAUGAAAGAGAGAGAGACCGGGCGGGCGGCUGGCGAGCACGCGCUGCGGGUCUGCGCGUUCCCCUCCGCCGACUCUGGCGAAUCCGGUCCGGUCACGCCCCUUCGCUCCUUUUAAGGUGUGACGACGGCUGAUGACGUAAAGCGUGAGGUGUGUGCGUUGGAAAAUGAACAUCAGUGAAUGAAAAAAGCGCUCUGGAAGUCACUCAUUGCCCACAGAAACGGUGCCGGUUAUGUAACUCUAUUUCAUGUGUACGGCAAGGAAGGCAAAAACCACUCUCGGUGUGUCUCGUCGCUGGAGAUUCCUAGCAACUUUUCGGUUGAAGUCGGGUUCUCAUUGCUGCCUCUGAUUAGGUCCCUGUUGAAGUUAAACAGAGUUGAGCCUGGUCAGUACCUGGAUGGGAGAUUUAUGGGGAAACUAAAGCUGCUGCAGAAACGGGUAUUAGUGAGGCCAGCAGAUGGUGCUCACCCUGCACUCUAUGGUCUGCUGUUUCCACCACUAACUUAAUGGAGAGAGAAAGAAGUUUUACAAGUGUACAUUAGCAAUUUUCAGCUGGAAGCCAAGAGUCACAAUUAACGAUAUCUUAAUGAUAAGCUAGUUUUUGGCAUUUUAAGGACUUGAUAGCCGUAAGGACAUAACCUCAGCGUCUGUUGGCUGCCAAUCAUCAGUGGGGUAACACCGGCGGCAAGCCAUCUGAGAUUUGUGAGUAGCGGCUAACCACUAGCAUUAGGUGGUUAGCGUGUGGCAUCUAUUAGAAUUUCUGUGGGUGUUUUAAGUGUAGAAAAACGCGAAUGGGACACGCCAGCCUUCACAGACGGCCUGAAUGGGAGAAGGAGUGAGCAUGGACAACCUUUCGGAGUUUGGAGGCCUUUGUCCGUCCAGCCGGAGGGAAUGGGACACAAGCAGCUGUGUGGAUGAUUUAAUGGACGAAGAUGAGAAGGACAGAGCAAAAAGGGCAUCCCGUAAUAAAUCAGAAAAGAAGAGGAGAGACCAGUUCAAUGUUCUCAUUAAAGAGCUGUGUACUAUGCUGCAGGGUCAAGGUCACCCCCGCAAGAUGGACAAGUCCACCAUCCUGCAGAGGACCAUUGACUUCCUGCAGAAACAGAAAGAGAUCACAGCACAAACAGAAUCUUGUGAGGUCCGGCAGGACUGGAAGCCUUCUUUCCUCAGCAAUGAGGAAUUCACCCAGUUAAUGCUGGAGGCAUUGGAUGGUUUCCUAAUAGCUCUUACUACAGAUGGGAACAUCAUAUAUGUAUCUGACAGUGUCUCAUCUCUCAUUGGCCAUCUGCCGUCAGAUAUGGUGGACCAGAACAUUUUGAACUUUCUGCCAGAGCGAGAGCACGGAGAGGUGUACAAACUUCUGUCAUCACACAUGCUCUUGACAGAGCCUUCUACUGUGGACCUACUCAACAGCAAUGAGACGCAUGUCGAGUUCUGCUGUCAUUUAGCGAGGGGGAAUAUUGACCCGAAAGAACCACCCACAUACGAAUAUGUCAAAUUUGUUGGAGAUUUCAAGUUUCAUAAUAAUGUGCCUCUGUCUUCAUGUAAUGGUUAUGAGCUGGCAUUCCCUCGCACACUGCAGUCCUCGCUAGAGGAGCAGAUCUGUCUCGUAGCCACAGUGAGACUCGUGACCCCUCAGUUCCUGAAGGAUCUGUGCAACAUGGAGGAUGUGUGUGAUGAAUUCACAUCAAGACACAGUCUGGAAUGGAAAUUUCUCUUCUUAGAUCACAGGGCCUCUCCUAUCAUUGGGUACCUACCGUUUGAGGUUUUGGGGACCUCGGGUUACGACUACUACCAUGUGGACGACCUGGAGCUGAUUGCUCAGUGUCAUAAACAAUUGAUGCAGUGUGGGAAAGGAAAAUCCUGUUACUAUCGGUUCCUGACUAAAGGGCAGCAGUGGAUCUGGCUACAGACACACUAUUACAUCACAUACCACCAGUGGAACUCCAAACCAGAGUUUAUCGUCUGUACACACAACGUGGUCAGUUAUGCUGAAGUCCGAGCGGAGAGAAGGAGAGAGUUUGGAUUGGAGGAAAGCUCAUCUGAUAUGGCCACAUCCUCAAUCAAGGGGCAGGAGGUGUUUUUGGACAUGUGUCCUCCUUUGGAACAAACACGGGAGAGAAUCAGCAGCGCUCGAUCAGUGUCAUCACAAAGCUCAAGAAAAUCAUCGCACACAGCACUGUCCGACUCCGCGUCGAACUCAUCAGUGAGGUACACAGAAGCAUGCACGUCAUCACGGCAGUCUGCUUCCAUUGGUCCUGAGAAGAGUUCCAGCAGAAUGCCACAUAGUGGAUCGAAGACCCUGAUCCAGAGGCAGAGCUCCUCUGAGGCCACGUCACUCUCCCCCUCCUGCAGUCAGCAUUCCGCCAUGACACAAUCUCUGUACGGAUUCCAGCAGCCUCAGUUAGGCGUCAUGCAUCAGCUGAAAGAGCAGCUAGAGGAGCGGACACGCAUCCUACAAGCUGACAUCAAAACACAACAACAAGAGCUGCACGACAUUAAAGAGAAACUACAACUCGCUAACCUACAGAUGUUUCUCCAGCAGCCGAUACAGGGGGAGUUCGCCGGUUCUGGUUCACAGCAGCAGGGUCCAGGCAGGCCGGCCCAACACAGCACACACCCGAAACCUCAACACUGUGUUUCACAUUCAUCACACACACUGCUCAGAGAACAGCCCAGUAGCUCAUCUGCUCAGGGGCAGCAGAGAUUGGUUCAGACUGGACACAUGCAGGCCGUCAGUGUUCCAAUGCAGACACACACCAGUCUCACCACACCCUUUUACAGCAACCCAAUGAUGUUCUCCCCCAACCACGGACACAGAGCCCAACAUGACACACACUGCCAAAGACACACACACACAGACUACAGCCAGGAUGGACAGCUACGUAGGAUGCUGCUAAACCAGCCAAUGCAGACGCUUGUACCAGAGAGCAAUGGGGGGGCUCAGUCUUCCCAGUGCAGCUCAACUAUUCAACAAACCAAAUAUCCUCUGGACCAGCAGAUGAUGGCUCCUUCCUUCCCUUUGCAGCAGGUGAAUUGUAACGCUGUACUUGUCCCGUCCCCCGUCUUCACCUCACCAAUCAUGAUCCCCCAAAAUAGUUUCAUCACCCAUCAGGCCACACCCACCUUCACGUCUCACCCGCCAGCUGCCCCGCACGGCUUACCACUACAGCAGCCUCAGCAGUUCUUUCAGAUGCAGCCUCAGGGUCUGAUUCACAGCGCUCCCACUCAGGCCUUAUUCCACACCCCCAGCGUUCCACAGCAAAGCAUUGUGGGAUAUGUACAGCCACAACAUCAACAACAGCAGCAACAGCAGCAUCAUCACUCCCAGUCCAGCAACCUGUCGGACUACAGAAACAUGCUACCGCGGUAGCCCCGCCCCCCCGGGAGAAGACAAAAGGUUGCCAGGAAGGCGCGUUGAGCAUUUAGCUCUGAAAGGCAUGAUGGGAAGGGACUCUCUCGGCAUAGAGGAAGGCUCGGUCCCGAGCCAAACCAAAUCGAGAAAGCCAAAGUCCCUUAAAGUUCCCAUGACAGCAAAUGAUGGUGAUAACGCCACGAGGCCCAAGGGCUCUGCCUGGCCUGGACUGCACACAGUGGAUGCUGGGAAAUGUAGGAGGAGCCCACAGGGGUGUAACCCACCUGUUAUUCAUGGAGACAGGGGUCACAGAGCAGUCGAGCAGAUGCUCCGAUUGAUAGAAAAAGGACAGAAAGUCGGAAGGGUUUUGGCACUGUAAUGUUACAGAUGGUUGACGUUAUCUGGACUUUUUACAAACAAACACACACAAACAAGACAAAAUCAACGAAUCAAGUAAUGCCUUGACAGAGCUUAAACUCAAUGCAGAGUCUGCUGAGUGUGCUGUCACAUGUUCUGUUCUCAAACGCAUACUAAAAUACUAACUAAAAGAGAAAUCGCCCCACCAAAAAGAAGAAAAAUACAUGGUCAUGAACUGCUUUUCCACACAUCAUAUUUCAUAUGUGUAUGCUGAAGAGUGGAGCUGGGCACAGUUCAGCGAAGACCCAAAUAUAUUUCAAAAAUGCAUAAAUUUAGCUUCCUGGUAUCAUGUGCUGAGCAGGUUCGGUCCCCUCCUGUUGUUACGUUAAAGCUAACGUAAGAAACUUGAAUCACGUUGUAUAUUUCAAAUAUUUAAGAACAAUUUAAAAGUUUGCACUAGGGCAAAAUUUUCCUAUGUUGAGUUCAACUCAAUCCCUGUUACUUUUUUUUUCUUCUCUGGAUCCACUUUACUGUACAUAUAGUUCCUCCACAUAAUGUGUUCUGGAUGGUCAUAUUUCAGUACGUUUAUUUCGGUUUUCACAUUUAGGCUAGCGUCUAGACAUAACACCUCAAGAGAAGCAUGUUUGCUUCCGUGAUCGAACAGUUCUUUGAUUUUUCUGAUGUUAAUGUGGUCCGCAUGUCCACACAGUAAAACUCCACUGAUUUGAUGUCAAUAUAAACGGAUGUGCUAAUAUUUAAUUUCAGUAUUACACAGGGAUGAAGCUCUGUCUAAUUCAUGCUUCUUAGAAGAGGGACUUUGUGAUUGUUUUACGGUGGUGGGCGGAAGUGCAGCAGCAGUUUAACUGUGAUGAACAAAUGAAGAUAAAAUGCAGAUUAAAUGAUUGAAGACAAUCAUAAUUAUUAGGCCUGCAGAAAUGGAAAUGUUCUCAUCUGCUUGUGUCACUUGGGCUCGGUGUUUCACAAAUACAGCUCAAAUAUUAGUAAAAUACAUGCACUUUUUUUAUCUUUUUUUUUUUUAUUUUUUUUAAUCAUUUUCAGGGAGUUGGUAUAGACCAGAGGUGCCCAAACUUUUUACAACAAAGGGCAAAAAAUCAAACGAGGCCAAAAGUAUAAGUUGCUUUAUAUCAAACUGUUAUAUUAAAUUUAAAGGGUUUGACCUUAGUUCCCCUCAUUUAUGAUUUCAUAUUGUCAAAACAUUACUCUGCAAUCUGCCUAACUACUGCAGUUUUAUUUUCAGUUUUAUAGUACAAUGAAGCUUUGUAGUUUGUAAUAAUGUUUUUGUUACUUUGUAAACACCAACUGGCAUUUUAAAAAAAGAAAAACGAAAUGAAAAAACUUUUUUUCUUGAACAUUUAAGAAACUAAAUGAACGUUUAAAUUAAUUCACAAAUAAAUUACAAAUAAUACGCAAAGUAGAUUUGUAUUUCAUACAUAUUAUGAAUAAGGGAAUAAUAGGCUAACCAUCUUUAAAUUAAGCAUGAUAAUUACAUUGCUCUCUAUGGGUACGUUUACACAACUAUGUACUAAACACAGAAAGGUUUUUCCUUUAUGUUUUUUGCGUAUAGCCAACAACGUUGUCAAAACGAUCUCCGUUAACACAGAUCCGCUAAAACGACUAAAAACACUGUGCCAGGCCAGUAGUUGGCGAUGUCAUUUAGUAAAGAAACACUACACACCUAUAGACUGAACAUGUAAUAUGCAUACGCAUGGCGUCAUAGUUUUCACAAAUUCGCGUUUUUGUAGUUUACACAGAGACAAUAAUGGUAUCAUAUCCAAAAACUUGCACUUUGAAACCCGUUUUAAAAAGUUUGUGUUUUGAGGCCACCAAAACACCCAAAAUAUACGUUUUUCAUUUUUAGUUGAAAACUGUGUUGUGUAAAUGCCCCUAUAAUAUGUGAUUCUGAUUGGUCAAUCGCAGCAUUUAGUAGUCAGACAUUUACUGCUGCCCAUGGCAACACUGUAUCUUGUUUAAUAUAAAUGCAACUGUCGCCAUUUCAUUUAUUGAUUGCAUUGAAAAAGAUAUCAGAGAACUUCAGUUCGGUAUUAAAAUGACUGUAAUAUUGUUGCACCCUGUCAGGGUUUAUUUUGUUGCUGAUUGCACAUUACAUAACACAUAAUAAACAAAAGGCAAGUUACAGCACAGUGUAUAUUCUUCAAAUAUUCUUGCAUAUGCAUAAUAUAUCGCAACUGCAUUGGGAGAAAUUAAUCAAUCAAUUUCCUCAAUCUCACAUGCUCCACGUUUGUUGUGGCAGCACACAUUAUUAAAAUCAGGACCUCUGUAAUAAUAAUAAUACACAAACGAUUAUUACAUUCCGUUAUGAACUUUCAAUAUCAGAUCAUUUUUUCACCCCUAUAGUCAUAAGUGGCUAUGGUCUUAAAACAUGUUUCUCAUUGUAGGAUUUUAUUUACCCUGUCAUUCUCAUUCAGAUGGAGCACAUAAUGGGUGUGUUAAACAGCCCAUAAGGGUUGCGUUAGAGCGUUCUAAAUCUUGAUUCGUUGAUGGAAAUUAACCUACUGUAAGUUCAGAGAAAUGAAAUCAAUGAUGCUAAUAUGCUAUCUAGAAUUAUUCACAUUAUUUUGAAGUGCCCACAGUAACAACAUGGUGCGUUAUCAUUUUUGCAAUAAACUAUUACUGAACACCGGCACACGAAAGUCAUCACGGGCCAACUUUGGUUUGGGCAUCUCUGGUGUAGACACAUUAAGUGUCAGGCAAAGGGCAAAUAAUUUCAGAUGUUCUGGAAUGUUGUGAACACUCAGACACACAAACAGAAAACAAAAAAAUCGGACAAUCGGAAAAUCUCAAUUCGUUUCUUCUUUGCGAGAACUUCAAUCUGCGCUUUUCUCUGUCCUAUCACGCGUUGCACAUUGAAGACUGGUGCUGAUUAUUAUUUUUUUUUAUUUUUUUUAAACCUAAGAACAUUCUUUACAAGAAAGUCUAAGAUCAUGUGCCCUUUUGCUUUAUGUGAGAUGCGAAUCGAAAAACAAGAAUGUGUGUAAUUUAUGCUUAGAUUUUUCGUUUUUAGUCAGGUAUGUUUUCUUGUAUUAGUAAGAAACACUUCAUAUUAGUAAAAGCCAAUGUUCUGUUUGAAUGAAAAUGGAAAGUAUUUUUGUAUGUAAAGAUCCUCGACAUUCCUUCAGUCAUGUACAGAAAAGUGUGAAACUCCCCGACACUCUCAGGUGUGACAUCUUCACGCAGGUGUAGCUUGUUAAACUUUAGCUCAGAUGAACUACACUCAAAAGAAGCACUCCAGAAAUUUUUACAUUUCCAAGAGUUCAUUUACGGCCCCAACCAUCUGAACCAUUUCUAAAUGUUUUUCAAAGGUUUGUGUAGCGUCUGAAUUGCAUAACUGGUUCAUCUCAGUGUUUUGUUCUGCCUUCCUGGAAUGGCACUAGAAAAGACGAGGAAGAUGUUUGGCGUGUUUGUGUUUCAGAUGCUGGUAUGACGUGUCAGGGUGUUCUGCAUCAGUGCCUCCUGUUUAUCAUCUGCUGCUGCUCUGAGAUUAUCUUUGGGUCUCACAAAUGCUCUUAAUGUCUGUAGACAUGAGAGAAACUACACUUUGAGUCAGAUUUAACUUUUAUAAUAUAGUAACCCAACCUAAGAAUCCAUUUCAAGGCGGUAGAUGCAUUUUGGAAGACUGUAGCUGGUCUAAACUAGGUGGUCAUUAGCUGGUCAAAGCUGAUAAAAACCAUCUAGGACCAGCAACAAACCAGAUAGUUACCAUUUUAGGGUGGUUAAGGUGGAUUUUAGAAAAAACUAGAAAACAGUUUAAUGUUUCCAUUAGAGUAGACUGAUUUUAAAAUGAGCAGGACAAAUAAAUCCAAAGGUUGCAAUUCAAGUCCUCAUGUGACGCCAUUUUAGAGUGUGCAUCGUCCCUAGAACAAAACAAGCUGCUUCGUCCUUCAUUUAAUGCCCAUUUGUGGUGUUUUCAUGAAAUAUUUUGUCAGCCAGGCUCCAGCAUUUAGUCUCAAAUGUUUCUUGAGACGUUCAUGUUUUUUUGCUGUGUCGUUUGCACAUGCAGAUGUUUUUGUCUUUGUGUUCAUUGAUGGGGUUGUGAGUGGUAGAUGAUACCUGUUCUAACUCUCUUCUUUCUCUUUUCGUCCUGUGAAACUAUACUCUGGUUGUGGAGUUCUGCACUUUAUUCUUUUUCCCUUCUUUAUGUCUUUUGCUCUCUCUUUCUCUCUGGCCUGGAUUUCUCCCCUAAAGUGUCUGUUCUGAUGAGGCUUUAGGCCUCAUCAGAACAUAGGAGUGUGUGUUGUGAGUGUAUGCGUUAUGUGUGUUACCGGAACAUUUGACUUCAGGUGACAUGUCUCUCGCCGUGGGUGGCAAGAGCAUCAAUGCAUUUAUUUUCUACCAGGUGUGGUGAUGAGAUGGAAAACGACACCUGGAAUAAACAGCCAUCUCUGCUGAUACUCUGCAGAAAAUACAUGGAAGAUAUUGUAAUAUAAGACAUACAAAAAUGUUUAGAAAAAUAUAGUUAUUUUAUAAGAUGUCAAAUAGAUUGAAAUAAAUUUAUAUACAGUGUAUGAUUUGAAAGUAAAAAAAACAGAGGUAUUUUGUAACAGAUUAAUUAUUGAAGUGUCUUACUUUGGGGGAUGUAAAGCUUUCUGUUUGUCAGUUCAGCGAGUUGAUGUUGCACAGUCAAUGAUGUGUUGCUUGUUUUCCCCCUUUUAUUCUUCUGUGUACAUAUACCAUCACAACAAGCUUUAACAUAUUGUUAAUAUUGUUUUAAAAGAAAUUAAUAAUAAAAAAGUUUACAUUCUGAAA